UGAGAAACAGUUCCUCAGCAAACGCACACAAGGCAGGCAUUGUGCCUGACAGAGGAGGCAAGGACCACUAUUGCAACGGCUUUAUUAGAGAGGCGAGCCCCAGUGCAAACGGCUAACGUGGGUCUCGCGUGCAAGCUUUUUUAAGAUGCACGGGAGGCCGGAGGAAGGCGCUGGCUGCAUCGUGAGCCGCUAAGGAGGAGCGGGAGCAGAGCAUCCAGCCAGGCGGUGUGCGCGCCGCUAGGAAGAGAGGGAGCUGCGUGUCCAUAAAUGCCCUGGUGAACUUUGAAUAUAUUAGUUGACAUCAAUGUGAGUGGGGCUGCCGGCCCCUGGCUCCCCCCCUCCCUCCGCCGCCCCCCUCUCCCUGAUGGGAAGAGUGGAAGCGCUCCUGGUAGGAGCUGCCGGGCUGCUCCGGGGUGGAAAGCAGCGAGAGGAGGGACGGGGACGACUUCAGUCCCGACAACUCGCCGCCGCCCACCGGGAUCGUGCCGGGAGCCUCGCGCGUGGGAGAGCGGGGUGGCUGAGAAGCGGUGCACUCGUGUGAGCUGAUCCAGAGCAAGGUGUGCAAGUGAGUUACUGCCCCCUCCCCCGAAGAGUUAUUACAGGAUAUUUCCCUGAGUCGUGACUUUGAAUGUGACACGCCAGUGAUGCAGAGGCAGUAUCCUCUCAGGGCCUACCUUGGAAGCUAGAUCUUCAGCAGACCUCCAAUCAUGGUUGUAUCAAGAUUAAAGGACAUUUCUCUGUCAGUGGCAAGCCUUUUCCUUCUCACUUUUCAUCUCUCAGCAUCACAGAAUGCACCCGAAUAUCCUGAAACUGAGCAACAGCAGUGCGUCAGAAGGGAACACCCCACCAUUGCUUUUGAAGAUCUGAAACCCUGGGUGUCGAAUUUCACCUAUCCAGGUGUACACGACUUUUCUCAGCUCGCACUGGAUGCCAACAGGAAUCAGCUCAUUGUGGGAGCAAGGAACUACCUCUUCAGACUUAGUCUACGCAACGUUUCUCUUAUCCAGGCAACAGAAUGGGGCUCAGAUGAAGACACUAGGAGGUCCUGUCAGAGUAAAGGAAAAACUGAGGAGGAAUGCCAGAACUAUGUGCGAGUGCUGAUUGUUUAUGGCAAGAAGGUUUUUACCUGUGGUACCAAUGCCUUCUCCCCCGUGUGUUCCAGUAGACAGGUAGGAAAUGUUAGUAAAACCAUUGACAAAAUAAAUGGAGUGGCUAGAUGCCCGUAUGACCCUCGGCACAACUCGACAGCUGUGAUUACAUCACGGGGAGAACUCUAUGCUGCGACUGUAAUUGAUUUCUCUGGACGGGAUCCUGCCAUUUACCGCAGCCUUGGAAAAGUUCCCCCACUUCGGACUGCACAAUACAACUCCAAAUGGCUUAAUGAGCCCAACUUUAUUGCUGCCUAUGACAUUGGUUUGUUCACGUACUUCUUUUUCCGUGAGAACGCGGUGGAACAUGAUUGUGGGAAAACUGUCUAUUCUCGCGUGGCCAGAGUUUGCAAAAAUGACAUUGGGGGGAGAUUUUUGCUGGAGGACACGUGGACGACUUUUAUGAAGGCCAGGCUGAACUGCUCCCGCUCUGGAGAAAUCCCCUUCUAUUACAAUGAACUGCAAAGCACCUUCUAUCUUCCUGAGCAGGACCUGAUCUAUGGAGUCUUCACUACCAAUGUAAACAGUAUAGCUGCUUCAGCAGUAUGUGCCUUCAACCUCAGUGCCAUUACUCAGGCGUUUAAUGGCCCUUUCCGAUACCAGGAGAAUCCAAGAUCAGCAUGGCUGCCAACAAUAAACCCCAUCCCUAAUUUUCAGUGUGGGACGCUGAAUGACAACAGCCCUAAUGAGAACCUGACCGAAAGGAUCCUGCAGGAUGCCCAGCGCUUGUUCCUGAUGAAUGACGUGGUUCAGCCAGUCUCCGUGGAUCCCUACGUGACUCAAGACAGCAUUCGAUUUUCCAAACUGGUGGUUGACAUUGUUCAAGGAAAGGAUACUCUUUACCACGUGAUGUAUAUUGGGACAGAGUAUGGCACCAUUUUGAAGGCACUUUCUACCACUAAUAGGAGCCUGAGGAGUUGUUAUUUAGAGGAAAUGCAGAUUCUUCCCGACGGUCAACAGGAACCAAUCAAGAGCCUCCAAAUCCUGCAUAGUGACAGGUCACUAUUUGUGGGUUUAAAUAAUGGAGUGCUAAAAAUUCCUCUGGAGAGGUGUUCAGUGUACAGAACAGAAGGGGAAUGUCUAGGAGCCAGGGACCCAUACUGUGGCUGGGAUAACAAACAGAAACGAUGCACCACCAUUGAGGACAGCUCCAACAUGAGCUUAUGGACUCAGAAUAUUACUGAGUGCCCGGUGAAAAACCUGACGACAAAUGGGAGAUUGGGGCCCUGGUCUCCGUGGCAACCAUGUGAGCAUUCGGAUGGAGACAGCACAGGCUCUUGUAUGUGCAGGUCACGGUCCUGUGACAGCCCUCGCCCUCGCUGCGGGGGUCACAGCUGUGAAGGGGCCAGGAUUGAGAUUGCAAAUUGCUCAAGAAAUGGAGCUUGGACACCCUGGUCCGCCUGGGCCCAGUGCAGCACCUCCUGUGGGAUUGGCUUUCAGGUCCGUCAGAGAUCGUGCAGCAACCCUGCUCCACGGUAUGGGGGCAGGGUCUGUGUUGGACAGAGCAGAGAAGAGCGAUUCUGCAACGAGAACAGUCCAUGCCCAUUACCAAUAUUUUGGUCUUCGUGGGGCCCCUGGAAUAAAUGUAGUGCGAAUUGUGGUGGAGGGAUACAUUCCAGGCAGAGGUCCUGUGAGAAUGGCAACACCUGCCCAGGCUGCGCUGUGGAAUACAAGACCUGCAAUCCAGAGGGCUGCCCAGAGGUGCGCAGAAACACGCCCUGGACCCCCUGGAUGCCUGUGAACCUCACCCAGAAUGGAGCCCGCCAAGAGCAGCGCUUCCGCUACACCUGCCGUGCCCAGCUGGCUGAUCCUCAUGAGCUGCAAUUUGGGAGGAAGAAGACGGAGAGUCGGUUCUGCCCCAAUGACGGCUCGGCGGUUUGUGAUACUGACUCUCUAGUUGACGAUCUUCUAAAGACUGGUAAGACCUCUGCACGGAUUAUCAAUGGGGGCUGGUCCUUUUGGGGGGCCUGGUCAUCGUGUUCCAGGGACUGUGAAUUGGGAUUUCGGAUCCGGAAGAGAACAUGCACAAACCCAGAGCCGAAAAAUGGCGGCCUACCCUGUGUGGGGUCAGCAAUGGAAUACCAAGAUUGUAACCCACAUCCCUGCCCAGUAAAAGGUUCGUGGUCUUGCUGGACCCCUUGGUCUCAAUGUUCAGCAACCUGUGGAGGAGGACAUUACCAGCGUACCCGCACCUGUACCAACCCAGCACCGUCCAGCGGAGAGGAUAUCUGCAUUGGCCUGCACACCGAGGAGGCGCUCUGCAACACACACUCUUGCAAAGGUGGGUGGUCGGACUGGUCAGAGUGGAGCCUGUGCAACGAAGACGGGAUCCAGUAUCGUAGCCGUUACUGCGAGAUGCACAAUCCAGAGUCAUCCCAGUGCGUCGGAAACAGCACACAGUACCAAGACUGCCUGUACAAUGAGAUUCCCGUGAUUCUGCCGGCCUCAAGCAUUGAUGAGACCACGAACUGUGGAGGGUUCAGUCUCAUCCAUCUGAUUGCCACCGGCAUCUCCUGCUUCUUCGGUUCCAGUCUCUUAACGUUUGUGAUCUAUGUGUACUGUCAACGCUGUCAGCGACAGUCCCAGGAAUCGACUAUUAUUCACCCAACCACUCCCAACCAUCUCCAUUACAAAGGCAACACAACCCCCAAGAAUGAAAAGUACACGCCCAUGGAAUUCAAGACGCUUAACAAGAACAACUUAAUACCUGAUGAGAGGACCAACUUCUACCCCUUGCAGCAAACCAACGUGUACACGACAACCUAUUAUCCCAGUACACUGAAUAAAUAUGACUACAGGCCUGAGGCCUCCCCUGGAAGGACCUUUACCAACAGCUGAUGAUGGACAGACUGUCCAAGGACUGGAUCACUUCCUAUAUGAAUUGUUUUUUAAAUGAGUUUAUGGACCAAAUAUUGGCCCGGUCUCCAGAUGUAAAUAUUGUACAACUAGGGCCUUUUUUUUUUUUUAGUUAACUGUAUUACUUUUAAACAGCACAUCUCCUUAAAUUGACAAAAUGCUUAUGGACCAUGGACAAUUCUGCAUAGACUUUUGUGGAUAUUUGGCUGGAGAUGACACUUAACUGCUGCAAAUAUUCACGGCUGGAUGAUCAGUAUUUCUGUCUCAGGCUUGAACUGCCGAGGAGCUGAUUGCAUGCUGUGCUAGGUUUCCACCAUGCUACACUAUUGUGUUCUCAGACACAUUACAGAUAGCUCCUUAGAGCAAUGGAUGAUUGUACAGUGACUAGACAAUGGCGGUACAUUGAAUGACACUUCGUUCACAAGACGAGCUGCCUGGGACUCCAUCACGGUUGGAACGAGAACACAGUUUUAGGUUUAUAGUGGUGUCUCCAGCUUCACCAGAAGAUUCCUUUCACAUUGUAGGAAAUAGCCUCCACAGUCUUCUUCGGUAACAUCCAGUUCAGCUGGGUAAAGAAAAUACACAAAGUACUCUACUCUACCCAAAGAACAUUUCAGAAUAUUUCCAGUCUUAAUUAAAAGAAAAUGAUACAGGCAAUGAGAUAUUAAGUGAAGUAAAUGUAGGACUAAUGAGAUGUGGACUUUGCAUAACAAAGAUGUGCUUACCACUGGAAAAAAUGUGAGGAGUGCUGUACAUGAGCCAUGAGCUUUCUUUGAAAUGACAUUUACUUUUUCUCCCUCCAAGCUUGAUUCUGUUCGUAUCUGCAAGGAAUGAUGACCGAUGGCCAGGCCUUCCUCUUGUGAAAUCACUAGGCUUGGGGCUAAUUCUUUUUAUUAUUAUUUUUUUAGUUCACUUAUUUUUUGAAGAGUAAGAAAUUCUGAAUUUUUGGCACGGUAUUUUUCUAAGGAAUGUAUUCAUAGCAUACCAUGACGCAGAAAGUCUGCUGCACAUUCUUAGUGUCUUCCAGUAGUACUCCAUCAAAUAAUUAUACAACUGACUAAUGUGCAUUGUUUGUCAAUAUUUCUUUAGAUUUCUCAGCUAGAAACAAACAAACAAAAACCUUGCUACAGUUAUUAAAUUAAAUUGGGACUGUAGCGUUAUUAAACAUUAUAUCCAGCCUUGAAAUGUAUUUUUGUGUGUGUGUGUGCCUGUGUCCAGCAGAACUGUAUUAGACUGUUGCAGAAGCCAUAGUGUGUACAACCAGAUAUGUAUGUCUGACAAAGGUUUUUUUUUCUGGCCAAACAGUAGCACCGGUGCUUAAUGGACAGUUCCAUCAAAUGUGUUAGCAACGUGAGCAAGUUUGACACUGUUACUGUUGAAUGUUUCUGACUAUUUAUAAUGAACUCCUGAGGCUAAGACUUUUACAAUGCCACAAUACUGAGCAUGAGACAAGAGUACAAACCUAAACACCCAUGAGCUCCAAGUAGCUCCAGAACUUGAAUUCUCUGUAUGCAUCUUACUGUAGCAAUUACCAUGUCUGUUUUCAAUCAUUGACUGAGACGUGUUUGAAGUAGUUUGCGUUAUGUUGGUUACAUAGGAGAGAUUUCACUGUAAGCCAGCCCUUAGUAGUUUCUCGUUGCUGUCAUUUGCGGACACUUGUUUGGAAGAUAGGGCUGAGGUGGGGCUGGUCAUUGCACACAUACCCAUCCACAGAGCUGAGAAGAGGCUUUGCUGUUCAUGAUUCAAAAUAUACAGCUCACCUCAGGGUGAGGCAGAGCAGUGGUGGAGUAACCUGGUCUUACAGUGUGGGACCAAAAGCAGGAGAACAAAGUAACCUGUUUCUAAACUAGUUGAACCCUAACCUAUGCUAGUGAUCUAUAGGUGUAAGGAGAUUGAUUAUAAAAUUUCAUCAGUGAGGGUCUUACAGUAGCUGAAUGACUCCCAACCUUUUCUGGCAACUGUACCAGUUUAGCAGGCUGAGCCGGUUCUGCUUCCAGUGACACCAGUGUAAAUUGGGAGAAACCCCAUUUAAAUAAAAUUACUCUGGAUUUAUACAGCAGUAUGACCGAAAGUAGAUUGUGGCUCUAAGAAUUUGGCUGUACUAGUUUCUUCCACUUAUUCAGCUAGAUCAAAAGAGGCAGACACUGGUCACAAAAGCCCCAUUGAUUUUCAGUGGGAGUUAGGUACCUAAUUCCCUUAGUGCUAUGGAAAAUCCCAAGCUGAAGUUACAGGACUGGUGCAGAGCCUGCCUGGCUGACAACUGUUGCACUAGACAUGUCUAAUGGCAGCAGUUCUAAAGAAACGAGUGGCACUCAAGAUCACUGUAGGCAUUACAAGCUAAGGUCAUUUCUAAGCUGCCAUUUCAGGUGGCUCCCUGUGUCGGAGAGUUAUACGGUUAUUGUUUAUUUGGCAGGAUUACUGCUGCAGUUCUUAGAGUUGCGAGCAAGUGAGUUAAACCUUGCAGUUAUUUUAAUUUUUUUUGGUAGCGCAAACAUUUCCAAAAAAAAAAAUAAAUAAAA